AAAAAGAAGCACGAGUCUGCCGUCCACCAUGUAUAUUAUAUCUCCUUGGAAUUUCAUUUUAUCCGGUGUUCCUUAUUCAUCUUUUGAUGAGUUCCUCUGGUAUUCUAGAUGCUGAUGCGCCGACACGGGUUGCAACUCCUUGUGAGCUGAAUCCCGGUCCCUCUCCCCUCAAAGAUCAAUGUCUGCCAGGAAAAUGAAAAUGGCGUUCCUGAGUCUCGACUCGUUCAAUAUAUAUGGUCAAGUCCACGACACCCUUCUGCGUCGACCCUUCGCUUUUGCUUUGCCUUGCCUGAUGGCUGCCAACAGAGAUGGACUCGACGUCUUCUAUUACACAAUUCGAUUAAUAUGCCAAACGCUAGUAUAUGGCAUGUACACGAUCCUCAUGCCCUUGUGUUGUCAUGCAAUGUUGAAAAGAGGCCUUCAAGGAACAACCCGACGACUGUUAUUCUGCAUGCUGAUUUUCAUGUUCUCUCUCUCGACCGCUCAUUGGGUUCUAUCUAUAUACCAUGACCUGGACCUCAUCUCCAGCGGGUUCGUGAACGGAAUUCCCUUAGACAAUGAUGCCGCCAGCUACCGCCGACAGCAGUGCCUUCUAAUGAAUGCCUUAGCGCUCAUAAAUUGCGUCUUGACUGACGGCGUCGUUGUCUGGCGUGCAUGGAUACUCUGCAGGCAAGAGUACCGUAAAGCAUUGAUGAUGCCUAUCAUACUUUUAUGCUGUACAGCAUUAUCCGCGGUGGUCACGAUCGGAAUACGGAUUUCGAUAACCGUUAUAUCUGUCAGUCAAAAUAUUGUCGUUACUGGCAACGCCUUGGCCCGCUCUUUGGAUUAUGCUCAAGUGCUAUGCUUGGCACUGACUUUGUUAACCAAUUUGUCAUCGACGUCAAUCAUUGGGAUUAAGGCCUGGCGGUAUAGACGAUGGAUUACCACGGAGAUAGUACAAUCUAGAAAAAGGAGUAUGACCCGAGGAGAACGAGUUGUCGCGCUGCUGGUUGAAGCGGGAGUUCUUUAUACACUCUCUACAUUAUUUUUUCUUGCCGCUGUUUGGAUUCGGCUUCCCUUCGGCACCUUGGGCGACAUCUACGUUCCUGUCAAUGCACAAUUCGCGGGCAUGUACCCAACAAUUGUCCUUCUCUUUGUCAACCGGCGUAGCGCUAUCAGCGAGACUGUUGUCUUCACUUUCCAGGGAAAACCCGAUGCACCAGACCAUGAGCGAGAUUCCAUGCGUCUGGAAACUAUAGAAUUCCGUUCAAAUCCUUUGCUCGACACAUCGGCCAUCAACGAGGGUGAGACAGAGAUCACAAGUGACGAAUCUUUGAGGCUCCAAGACUCACAGAACGGAGACCCAGAAAGGUUCGAAAAGGUCCGAUAUGAGCCUCUACACCUCGUAUAGGUCCUACCGUGCGCCAAAUAGUAAAUUAAAAUU